UGAGCGACUGCCACACUGCCGUAGCUUAAAUGCUGAGUACUAGCAGAGCAUGGUUUCCUUGUGUGCUACAGGCCACUCAAGAUUUAUGGAAAGGGUCUCCUUCCAGCUUGUGAGUCUGUGUUUUUACGCUCAAUAUGUUAUGACACUGGACAUUUCAAUAAAACAAGUCGGACAGCUUGGGGACAGCAUAACUUUACAUCCUGCCUUUUCCAAUAACCAUGUUCAUGAUGCACGCUGGAAAAAAUCAAACAAACUCCUAAAAGGAUUUAUUAAUAGAUCAGAGUCUUUUGCAAAUGGAUCAAUGCUCCUCAGCACUGCAAUCAAAAACGACUCAGGAAAUUAUACAGUGGAGCUGUUCAACCUUUCGGGACAUUUGAUUUCAACGACACAUAUUGAGCUCAUCAUUUUGGAGGCUGUGUCCCAGCCAGACGUGCACACGUCUUGCACACCAGACGGGCACAUUGUCAUGACCUGUUCGGUGGACAGGGGGGACCAGGUUAGGCUGUACUGGACAGGGGAUGCAGAUGUGAACCCACAACCAGAGCAGAGACAGACUGAGUGGAACUUAACCCUGUUCUUCAGCGCUAACACAUCUGAUCUUGGGGCCUGUGUGGCUGAAAACCAGGUCAGCAAUAGGUCCAGUGGACCCAUCAGCCAAAGAUGCAGCGUUGGGAACCCACAAUAUGGUCUGAAAACCGAAACGGAUCACAUUCUAUUGUGGGUCCUGUUGGGAUUGAUUGUUGGAAUUGCUGCUCUUUCUAUGGCCGUGUUAUUCAAGUUAUGCAAGAAGCCUGUCGUGCACAGUGAGGAUGCAGAGGACAACGUCUACGUAACAAUGGCGGGGUGUCAGGAAAUGAGAGACAGAGCUGAGCCAAACAAAUUCAAAGAGACGGACGACUCACUUUACGUCACCUGCAGAUCUCAACGAGCCAAUCAAUUGAUGGACAUGAGCAUCAGUCCAGCUGGAGAGGAGAGUAUAUAUGUGUGA